AUGUUCCAGGAAGGACAGGUCCUGCAGUCCUCAGACACUGCUUUGCUUCUGAAAACCAUGCAGAGGCAGCAUGAGCAGCUGAUACAGCGCUUGGAACAGCAACAUCGACUCCUUAGUGAGAGGCCGGCUCCGUUGGCUGAAUCUCCAAGGCUCGGCAGGGGAUUGUCGACUUCACCGCAAUACCUGUCUCGUCUCCGGUCAGCGACCUCACCAUCAGAUACUUCUCCCACCUCUCAGCCACCGGAGAGUGACCGCGAAAGACGUCCCUCAGGCGACUCGCGCCUAUCACCUUCUGCGCUGGCCACGCAGUUCUCAAGCAAGUCGGAACCGGAGCUCUUCCGCAUGAGAUCAUACACAGCCGAGGAUCAACAGCUGAAGGAAGGUGCUGAACUUGCAGAAGCAAGUAUCGAGCGGCGGCGUUUCUCGCAACGCCGGGAAAGGGAGCCUGCGACCAAUGCACCGAGGAGGAGCUUGGGGCGUGUCACUGGGCAUUUCACGACCAAGCUGGUGAACUCGCCGGGUUUCGACGUGUUUUUUGCGUUAGUGGUGAUUGCCAACGCGGUGUACAUCGGCUUCGACGUGCAGCGUGGUCUGACAGAUUCUGGCGGCAGACCUUUGGAAUAUCAGAUUCUCCAGUACCUGUUCACCGUUCUCUUCACAAUUGAGUUGGCCACUCGUAUUGUCGUGAGUCGAUGCCGCUACUUCGUCUCAGAAGACUGGACGUGGGCACUCUUGGACCUUGUAAUUGUGGGAACUUCCUUGUGGGAAGUCCUUGUGGACGUCUUGGAAGCGGCUCUGCCACAGGGCACGGGCCUGAGCACCAUCAGCGGGAUAUCGAGCAUUAAAGCUUUCCGAGUUAUACGACUCACACGCCUGCUCAAGAUGGUGCAGUUUCUCCGGAUCUUCCGAUUCGUGAUGGCCCUCCGCACAUUGGUCCAGUCCAUUAUGCAUACCCUCAAGGCCUUGUUUUGGGCGUUGCUCCUGCUCGUUCUCAUCGUGUACGUCUUCGCAGUCUUGUUUGCACAGGGGGUGAAUGACUAUGUGACUUCCAUGCCCGAUGCGCCUGACGUCGGCUUGGCUUGCAGCGACAUCGAUGUGGUGCAGUCCGGCAUGAAGUACUUUGGAGACUUGCAAGUAAGCAUGCUCAGCCUCUUCAUGAGCAUUGCCGGUGGUGUCAGUUGGGAGGAAGUGAUAGCACCGUUACGGAUAAUCUCGCCGGUAUGGACCUUGUGCUACAUCUUUUACAUUUGCUUCACAUAUUUCGCUGUGCUUAAUGUAGUAACUGCGGUGUUCUGCCAAUCUGCAAUAGAGAGCGCCCAGAAAGAUCAUGCGACAGUUGUGCAGAACAUGAUCGACAACAAGGAAUCGCAUCUGGACAAACUCCGCACCCUUUUUAGCAAGCUGGGUGCGGACAGCACAGGUGGCAUCACUUUGCGCAUGUUCGAGGAAAAGAUCAACUCGCCAUCUGUCCGGGAGUAUUUCGAGACAUUGGGCUUGGACAUUUGGGAUACGUGGUCUUUUUUCAAGCUCCUGGACGCAAACUUCGGUGGCGUUGUGGACUUCGAGGAGUUCUUCAUGGGCUGCUUGAGAUUCAGCGGAACAGCCUCGGCUUUGGACCUGGGCAAGAUUAGCCAAGAUCAGGCAUGGCUGAUCCGGAACCAAGGGAAGUUCCAGAAGUUUAUGGAAGAGGAAUUGACACGACUGCGAGGGGAGAUGUCAACCAUGUCAGACUUCAUCAGCUCCCUGUCGCGUGGAGUGGCAUGUGCGCAGGUCUGA